UUAAUAAAAUUUUUAAUGAAGUUAUUUCGUUAUAUUACAGGAAGUUAUGGCGUAAGUGGAAUAGAGGUAUUCAUUAAACUUGCUCAGGAUGCUGGAAUCUGCAUUGCAACAACGGAUUCUGUUCUCAGUAAUGCCGAAGACAAAGCUUUUGAUGCGAUUAUACGGAAUUUGCAAAAAUAUCCAAAUGCUCACGUUGUGAUAUGCUUUUGUGAAGGGAUGACUGUCAAAGGUAUUUUGCGUGCAGCCAAACGGCUAAAUGCAAGUGGACAAUUUCUAUUUAUUGGAAGUGAUGGUUGGUCAGACAGAGGAGAUGUUGUGGCAAACAUUGAAGAAGUAGCUGUUGGAGGUAUAUCUGUAAGGAUAUAUUCACCUUAUGUGAGUGAGUUUGAUUCGUACUAUUUCAAUUUGACACCGUACAAUAACAAUCGAAAUCCUUGGUUUAAAGAAUUUUGGGAACAUCGUUUCAACUGUUCAUUGCCAGAUAGAAAGCACAAAUCAAAAUAUAAUCGAACAUGUACAGGAAGUGAAUCUUUGUCAGAAAAAUAUAAACAAGAUACGAAGAUGGCUUUUGUAAAGAAAGCAAUUUACACAAUGGCAUUUGGUCUUCAUAACAUGCAAAGGGGACUUUGCCCAAAUAAAACUGGGCUAUGUUCUGCUAUGAUGCCAGUAAAUGGUUCUGUUUUGCUUCAGUAUUUAAUGAAUGUUAGCUUUACCUGGGGGAACGAAACUGUCAGAUUUGAUGCUAACGGAGAUCCUCCAGGAAGAUACGAUAUAAUGAAUUUUCAAAAAUUAAAAGAUGGUUCUUAUGAUUACAUUCUCGUUGGUACUUGGAAUAGUGGAAAUUUAACAAUUCAUCGUAAAAUUCAAUGGAUAACUCAGUCGAAAGACGGGGGUCCACCUGAAUCUGUUUGCAGUAAACCGUGUCCCCGAGGACAAGCAAAAAGUAUUCAGUCGGAAAGUGUAAAGUGCUGUUGGGUUUGUGUACAAUGCAGAGAAAAUGAAUAUUUAAAAGACGAAUUUACAUGCGCAUCCUGUCCUUUAGGAUGGUGGCCAAAUGAAAAUUUGACUAAUUGCAAUGAAAUUUCUGUUGAAUAUAUUCACUGGACCGAUACUACGGCAGUUGUAGCCAUGUCAAUAGCAUGUCUUGGAUUCAUAGCCACAGUAUUUGUUAUGGCCGUAUUUAUUCGUUAUAACAGUACUCCGGUUGUGAAGUCUUCAACUCGAGAACUCUGUUAUGUCAUCAUGGUAGGAAUGUUUCUCUGUCACGGAACUACUUUUCCUCUCUUAGCUCGUCCUACUCAAGUUUCUUGCUAUCUCUCCAGAGUACUUCCUGGUUUCAGUUUCGCUAUGAUGUAUGCUGCUUUAGUAACGAAGACUUGGAGAACAGUUAGAAUCCUAGCAGGAAGCAAGAAAAAAAUUAUUACUCGGAAACCACGUUUCAUGAGUUCAAUGGCGCAAGUUGUUAUUACUUGGCUGUUAAUAUUUGUGGAAGUUAGUAUAAUAACAGCCAUGCUAAUUUUGGAACCUGCCGAUUCUAUGCUUGCAUAUCCUUCUUUAGAUAGAGUAAGACUCAUAUGCAAUACCACAACUUUGGGAGUUAUAGCACCGUUAGGAUUCGAUUUCUUUCUUAUUGCCAUGUGUACUGUUUAUGCUAUAAAAACCCGUAAUGUACCAGAAAACUUUAACGAAGCCAAAUUCAUUGGUUUUACUAUGUAUACCACUCUAGUCAUCUGGUUAGCGUUCAUACCAAUAUAUUUUGGUAGCACUUCCAAAGUCAUCACCAUGUGUUUAAGUGUCAGUUUCAGUGCUAUAGUGGCACUUGUCCUAUUGUUUUGUCCUAAAGUUUAUAUAAUUUUAUUCAGACCAGAAAAGAAUAAUAGGAGUGCUUUUACAACAGCCAAAGAUGUCAGAUGCCACAUUGGAUAUGUCAACACUGGAGUUUCGCGAAAUUCAUCGCAUUCUACGUCAGAAUUCAGUGUGGAGUCACCCAGGUAUAUGAACCAUUCUCUAACUGUACAAGCUAAAGUAUCAAAAGGAUCGAAUAGCCUGAAUUUAUUUCAUAGAUUUCGUAUUAGAAAAAGAGAUAAAUUAGCUGCAAACAUCGCUCAAAGAAUUCGAGCAAUACGUGAAGCUGAAGCUAUGGAUCGACGUUGCAACAUUAGAAGAAUCGAAUCGUCACCAUUUCCACCUGGAAUAGGAAAAUUGCCCGCUGUCCGUAGCACAUCGAGUGGUGAUGACACAUCAGCAGAUGGGCAAGAUAAGAAAAGAUUAGUGGGCAUUCUUAGACAGGCUUAUGGCACGACAGACGAACCAGAGUCAUUCCAGUCGAAUAUUCGUAAUGGAAAAUCAGAGAAAAGCAUCCAGACAUCGGACGAUUUAUUAGAAUCUCUUUUAUCAUUGUUAAAACAGCGAUUUGUUCGAUCGGAUACUUUAAUGUCUAUGCUGUCUCCAGAAGAUGACGUUUCUAAAGACGCUAACUACACAGAUUGGAGAGAGCAACUAAAUAACGCUGAAAAAUGCCACAUUUCGGUGAUAUAUCCAUUUAACGAAUUUUAUCCGCAAGAUCGGACUCGCAUUCCUCUGAAUCAAUCGAAUGGAGUGUGUAGGAAAAAUGCAAAUGAUCGUUCUAAUAGUGCGGAUGGUUUAUAUUCAGAGAUUGAAUCUGUGGACACUAAAGAACAAGUAUUAAGUUCCAUGUCUAGAAGUGAAGACAGUGUAGCAGAAGCGAGAUCAUCCGUGAUGGAAGAGAGUGCAAGUAGUGGAAGCGAAGAUAGUUGUGGAAGCGCAGUCUAUAAGACCAUCAUCAUUAAUCUAGGUGCUCCAGGCCUUUCCAUUUCUCAAGAUUGUGUUAGUGGAAAAAGGAAUUCUAGCAGUUUACACUGUCUUCAUACAACUGAUAGACUACAGCACAGACCAGCAGGACAUAGUUCUUCAGUGGAUAUCGAUGGCAGAAUAUCUGAAGAUGUCCAUUCUUCGAUUAGAUGGCGUCAUUCUUCCAGAGAAGGCAUGACAACUCGGAGUCAUGAGGAUAAUUUAAAUGGUUGAACUGUAUUAAAAAUAUUUGUAUACAUCAAAUACGACCGGAAGCAAUUUUUGAUGGCUAGUCUUCCAUAUAAUUGUAAGAGAUAUGGAACUGAAUGAUUUUUUGCAUUCAUUUUUCAUAAUUUUGAAAAUAAUUAAAAAGUAAAAUAUGAUUAAUGGGUUCAAAAAGAAAGGAUUUGACAUGUAUUAUGACGACAAUAGAUUGUUUAUAGAUUGUAAUUUGUACUGUUUUUAAUGAAAACAGAAUAUCAAGAUUACUUUUUUAGUUUAGGAGA